AUGGACCAAUUACUGUCCGCGAUUGCUGUAGUCUCGGACCCCUCUCAGAAUAGGGACUUGCAGCAGCAUGCGAUCGACUAUCUGAAUAGUGUACGAUCACACCCUGACGACUCAUGGCGCCUUGCUCUCGAGUUGUUCAUUGCCAGAACGUCCGAUGGAACGUGGUCAAAUAAUCCUCAGAUCAGAUUAUUUGCACUUCAAAUCAUUGACGACUUUUUGAACUUCCAGCCAGAGCGAGUAUUCCCUCAAUCGGCCCUCUUCCCGAUUACCGCUGACUUGCACGACAGAAAGGCUCCACCGGGACUGUCCGCCAUUGAAGAACUCAAAAUAUCAUUCCUCAGCUAUAUCCAAGAAGAGUAUGUUUAUGGCGCCGCUGAAUCAUCUUUUCCAUAUAUUCGUAACAAGUUCUCGCAUACAUUAGCGUUACUUUUCUUAGCUUCGUAUCCGUCUAACUGGCCCGACUUCUUCCCAACACUGUAUAAACUCCUUGGAACCUCUACAACUUUGCCCGCCCAAACAUUCAAUCUGCAUGUCUGUGCACUGUUUCAUCACUUGCUGAUAGAAAUUUCUGGAGAAGUUGCGGAUUCUAUCCUGAAAGGCGCGAGGGACUUUACGGAAGAGAGACACCAACGAGAUGGAGGAGUACGUGAUGGGAUACGUGAGAAUGACUCGAAAGGGAUCAGCGAUGCAGUCUUGGCAAUUAUCUCAGAUACGGAAGCACGCUUAGUCUCAGCGAGGAGCGGCACAACGCCUGAUGAUCAAAAUAUGUUAGUCGAGGCUAUUGGUUUGGCAGUAAGAGCUUUCGCAAGUCUGAUCUCCUGGAUCAACGUUAAUUUCACUGUAACACCCGACACAUUGCCUCUACUCUUCCGCCUGCUGUCGGACCCGUCUUUGCCCGUCCGAGUGGAAACGGCCAAUGCAUUCGUUAAGAUGCUCCAGAAGGGGUUAAAAGAACCAUCAGACAAGCUGCACCUUAUACGAGUUCUGUCCCUUGGAGACAUUCUCCCUGGCCUGGAACAAGGCACUCGGGGUGACGAGGAUCAGAUGCUCUUCCGUGAAGGACUUGGGAAGUUGACUAAUGCUCUUGGCCUCGAGCUCUGCAGGCUCAUUGAUGAGAACAGCUUGGCCAGCGAACUACAAACUCUUGCCCGUCAACUGCAAGCUCAGAUAUUACCAGUUACACUGCGCUUUUUGGCCGAUGAAUGGGAUGAUACUUCAAUCACCGUCCACCUCUUCUUGUCCACUAUCCUAGGGGCGUAUAAACGACAACGGAAGAACUCGCCAUUGGCUCAUAUGACGGAAGAGAAAAAGCAAUUCCUUUCGUCCCUGAUGGAGGUCGCGUUCCAGAAAAUGAAAUGGGAUGCCGAUGCCGAACCAGACUCCAUGGACGAUGACGAAAAGCUCGCCUUCGACACAAUGAGGAAGGAUCUUCGGACAUUCGCGGACUCAGUCAUGGCUAUCGACGAGCAGCUGGUGAAUGGCUAUGUCGAAAAUCUUGCACUAAAUACUUUACAACAGUACCGGUCGGGGGCUGUCAUUUCCUGGCAGGAUGCAGAACUCGCCGUUUAUCUUGUAUUUCUGUACGGGGAGCUCCAAAAGACUGCCAAGGGGCCUUCGCAGUUUGUAAUUGUACCGCCAGAGGUCAGAGCUGAGAUGAAAUCAGCGGUUUCCAUUUCCAAGAAGCCUCGCAUCGAUUACUCCGCAUUUCCUCUCAGCCCUCUCGGAAAGCUCAUGGUAACAUUAGUGGAAUCAAAUAUCUCCUCCCACUCGCAUUAUCUAGUAGUGACGCAGUUUUUCGAAACUGUGGGCCGUUAUGGGGACUUCUUCCGAACUCGAAAGGAAUGCAACGAAGCUGUUCUCACCGCCUUCAUUGACUCACGAGGAAUACACACAGAGCGUGCUGAGCUGCGGGGACGCCUGUUCUACCUUUUCCAUCGCUUCAUCAAAGAUAUCCGACAAGACAUUUUCAAGCAUGUUAUUCCCAUAAUUCUCAACGGAAUUGGUGACCUGUUAGUCCUUAACAUCGAAUUACCUGAGCACGAUUCCCCUCCUGUUGAUCCGUUGGAAGCUGCAGUCAAUGCGCCGAGUUUGUUUGAUAGCCAGCUUUAUUUGUUCGAAGCUGUUGGAACGUUGAUAUUCCAAUUGAGUGGAGAAGACCAAAGUCAGACGGCCCUUCUUCAGAGUAUCAUCGAUCCGCUCCUGUCUGCGCUCGAGGAUUGUCUUCAGGUUCAGAUGAUUAGUGCUCAGGAUGUGCUUCCAAUCUUAAGGGUCCAUCAUCUUAUCCGAGCUUUGGGAAAUAUCUCUAAGGGCUUCCCUGACGCACCCGUUCCCACUCCCCCAGAUUACAAGCUUCCACCUUGGGUUGCUGUGUUCCAGCAAGUGGCCGAAGCGAUCCUUCUUUCACUUACCACCAUGAGCCAGUAUCAUGUCGUCCGUGAAGCAACUCGUUUCGCCUUCUCCCGAAUAAUCGCAUCCUGUGGCCCCGCGACUGCUAAGUAUAUCCCAACGCUCCUGGGUCGCAUGCUGACCUCAUGCGAGACUGCUGAGAUUUCUCAAUUUGUCGCAUUCCUUGGCUUGGUAGUCUUUAAGUUACAGUUUGAGAUAUUUGACGUGCUUGAUGAAAUGGUGGCGCCCCUACACAAUCAUAUGUCGAGCAUCGCGUUACGGCCUGUUGACGGUACUGACACAAAGGUGGAGCUACAGCAUACGACAAAGUCGUACCUGGACCUGCUUGUAACAAUCAUGACGGGCCCGCUCUUUGUCGUUUUUGUCUCACCCAUCACUAGUCCAAUUCGUCGUCGCCGUAGCGGGGACCCUUCCGACCCCCAGGCUCAAAAGGUUGCAUGGACUGUUCUCGCCAGGUUCACCACUCACUUCGGAAGAAGCGCAGCGCAGGCUGAAGCAAUCGCGCGAGAACGAGCACAAGCUAGCCAGCCAUUGGAGCAGAAUCAUUACAUCCCUGGCUUCGAGGUGCUGAUCUACGAACGUCUCAUCCCACUGGCAUUCGAAAUCCCGACUCGGCCUGGUUUUAGCUUAAAGGAUGCGCAAACAGUUCAGGUUCUUAGUGAAACUGCAACCUUCCUUGCGGCAGCCCGAAAAGCGAGAGGACCAGAAGCACUUGAGUUCUUCUCUAAUGUCUUUCUGCCAUCAAGAGGUUGGCCGACCGAAGCUGUGACCAACUUUGUGACACAAUUGAAUGCGCUGGAUACAAAAGGUUUCAAAAAAUUCUGGACUGACUUUGUCCGAAGUUCCACCAAUGCAGCCCCUCGGUGA